AUGACCAGUCUUAUGAAGGCCAUCACAAUCGGCGAUACGACCACUAGCACGUCGUAUGGCAAGGAGAUCACACGUACAACUUCAUCGCGUCCCAGGACUAGCCGAUCGAGGCCUCGAACAGCAGCAACCUCGACAGGGUAUGAUGACAACGACAUUAUUUGUGCCAUUAGCGAAUCUCGCGGAUUAUGUCCUACCGUUGGCCUUUCUUUCAUCAAUCUGACCACUUCUGAAGCUGUUCUUUGCCAAUUCGCUGAUACACAAACCUAUGCUCGAACCUGUCACAAAAUUUCCGUCUUUGCUCCGUCUGACAUACUUUACGCGUCUACUGCUAGCGACUCGAGCUUGGUGUCGAUCAUCGCAGAGAACUUGAAAGGUGAUGACAAUGAGAUCGUGCUCACAGGUCUACACCGGAAGUACUGGGCUGAUGGUCAGGGUCAUGAAUACAUCACUCGCCUUGCAUGGCCCGACGAUCUCGAGUCUCUGAAGGUCUCGGCUGGCGGUAAUUACUUUGCGACGUGCUGCUUUGCUGCUGCCAUGAGCUUCGCCGAGAUGGCGAUGAGUGUGACAUUCGCCCCACAGACCCUCCGCAUCCGCUUUGAAUCGUCAGAAGGCUCCAUGAUGGUCGAUCUGUCAACAAUAGCCUCUAUGGAGCUCAUCCAGAACUUGCAGCACACGAAAAGUCGGAAUUCCCUUUUUGGCCUCAUGAAGGAGACUUUGACAAGGAUGGGAGAACGAACGCUUCGAAGAAACAUCUUACAGCCCUCCACCGAUGCUUCGACCAUCAAUGAGAGAUACGAUGCGGUGAGUGAACUGUGUAUGAAGCAGGAAAUGUUCGCAGCGACCCAAGAUGCUUUGGGCGUUCUGGUCGACACAGAUCGAUGCCUGUCCGCGCUUGUCCGGUUGCCCACGAAGCUCAACUUCGAGUACAUGGAGCAGUCCGUCAACCAUGUCCUGAUGCUCAAGGUUUUCGUCGACGCCGUUAGCACUAUGGCAGGCCUCUGUGCCGCCGAGAACUACAGCGAAGUUGAAGACCUCGUCAAAUACGCCCUGAACGACGACGUGAGUUUCGUCACGCAGCCUGCAGAGCUCCGCAAUCAGCGCGUGUUCGCGAUCCGAGUCGGCGUCAAUGGCUUUCUCGAUGUGGCGCGUACUACGUACAAGGAGAUCAAUCAAGACGUCCAUGACAUGACGACAGAACUCGGCGAAGAACAUCAACUCUGCAUCGACCUCAAAUUCGAUCCGGCACGUCAUUACUACUUGCACAUCCCAGCAUCCGAGUUCGACGAACGACCCAUUCCCGACAUCUUCGUCAACGUAGUACGGCGCAAACGUGUCAUCGAAUGCCAAACCCUCGACCUAAUGAAGAUGAACCAAAAGAUCAAGGACGCACAUAACGAAGUUAUAAGCAUGAGCGACCGAUCUAUCCAAGAGCUGAUUGAAGCCGUCAGAUCUCGGAUUCACCCUCUCUUCAAGAUAUCGGAAGCCAUUGGCCUCCUCGACAUGCUUACUGGCUUUGCUCAACUAGCCACAACACAAGACUACGUCAAGCCCGAGCUCACUCAAGCUCUCGCGAUCAAAGCCGGCCGCCACCCUAUCCGCGAGAAGGCCCAAGCACAUACCCAUAAAUGGAUCCCCAACGACGUCUACGCCACCCAGCAAAACCGCUUCCAAAUCAUCACCGGCUGCAACAUGUCAGGCAAGUCCACUUAUAUCCGCUCUAUCGCUCUACAGUCGGUCAUGGCUCAAGCCGGCAGCUUCGUGCCCGCCACGUACGCCUCCUUUCCAAUCUUCCGCCAGCUCUUCGCCCGCAUCUCCACCGAUUCAGCCGUCGAGGCAAACGUCAGCACCUUCGCCGCCGAAAUGCGCGACAUCGCACACAUCCUGCGCAACAUCGAGCCGCACAGCCUCGUCAUCGUCGACGAGCUCGGCCGCGGAACCUCCACGACGGACGGCCUAGCUAUUGCUAUUGCAAUCGCAGAAGCACUAAUCGAAAGCAAAGCCUUCGUGUGGUUUGUCACACACUUCCGCGACCUCCCACGCAUCCUCUCUGAACGAGCAGGUGUGGUCAAUCUGCAUCUCAGUGUCAAUUUUUCCACCACAGACGACGACCCGACCACGACGCGCAUGAAGAUGACGUACAAAGUCUCCGACGGGCCUAUCCCGCCGUCGAAUCAGUAUUACGGCCUCGCGCUGGCACGUGCGAUCAACCUACCAGAAAGAGUGAUCGAAGUCGCCACCCUGGUCAGCGAAGAGCUGAACGAGCAGAAUGCAGCUAAGAAAGACGAGCCGCGCGUCAUGGCCAUGCCGCGGCGCAGAAGGCUGAUGCUGAGCUUACGAGAGCAGCUGAUAUUGGCGCGGGAGGGUGGACUCAAGGGCGCUGAGCUCAAAGCGUGGCUCAAGAAGCUACAGGAGGAGUUUCUGGUGAGGAUGGAGGCUUUGAAUAGUGAUGAGCAGGAUGUUGGGGCUCGUGAGGACGCGUUCACUGAGCAUACCGAGUCUGUUGAUGGAGACUAUGAUAUGGAGAGUGCUGGAGACGAACACGUCGCAGUCUCUACGAACACGGAUGGCAUCACGGACGCUGGCUCUCAGCAACAUGAUGGGGAUAGCACCUCGAGUGAGCAAGGAUUCGUUGAGAUCAAGAGAGAGGAAUUCGAAGGAAUCAAGAGAGAGCGAAAGUAUUGA